AUGCGCUCAGGAGUGCUUUUCUUGCGUUUGGAGCCGGAUUGGGUGGAUGGACCUACUCAGUAUCAUAGAAAGCGAAUUUUUGUCAUUACACCCCAUGAACGACUCGUAGAAAACAGGUUUCUGCUUUCCUCUUGCGAUUGCUUAAUGACAUCCAACUACAGUAUUCCUGUAGACAAAGACAUUAGCCAUGAAAUAUGGAAAACAGGAAGUUGCGAGUAUAUCUCCCGUCUGGAAGAUGAAAGGAAUCUUGGAGUUGAAAUUCAGUUGCCAUUCAUCACGAAAAUAAUGGAAGAUCAUAAAGAAAAUUUUACUAUUAUUCCCAUUUACGUUGGUCUCAUCGAAUUCAAGAAUAUUAGUUGGUUUGCCAUGAAACUAAUGCCGUACUUCAAAGAUAAGACCAAUUUAUUCAUUUUUUCACUUAGCCUCACACAUUGGGGAAGCAUCUACGGCUUCGAUAAACUUAACGAAUCGAAACCAACCGUGCUUGAUACAAUCAAGGAGCAUGAUAUUUGCGCCAUAGAAGCACUAAAGACACUUAAUUUCAAGGCAUUCGAUCUACAAAUAUCUCUGGCAAAAACACCUCUUCCUGACUUUCCCGUUUGGGGAAUCUUUUUGAAGUUGGCUCAAACUCUGCUUAAUGAAGAGGAAUAUCGAUGCAGAAAAUUGCCUGACGCAGAAUUCUUUAAAGCUUAUCAAGAGGUGGGAGAACUUAAGGUGCAUGGACUCGCCUGGUCAUUACCAGAUUUGACCAAGGAUAGAAGUUCGAUAUCAUUUGUUUCGGCUUCGUUUAGAAGAGAGUUACUUGAGGAACAGAUGAAUUGGCCCAGCAUGCACCUCCAACGGAUCAGCAAUUGCGUUGUCAAAAGUUAUGAUACCAAUAACGCUCUCAUCCUCUUAAAUUAUCGGCGAAGGCGUGUACGUAUACACACGGACUCCGCUCAGGAGCAUGAUCCUCCAUCUGAUCCUAUAGCCUCCCAGUCUUACUUUGCGUUAACAAUAAAUCUUUACCCGACUAUGAAAAAGCCUCGGAGAGUCACAUGUGCAUUGAUAUCAAACACCUUGAAAAUUUUAUCCUCUAAGUAA